AUGGCCAUGUGUUUGCCCAGAGAGGUUGCUGUGAAUGGAGACAAAGUGCUCCUUAAAGAGCAGGAUUUCCACGCGGCUCCACGGAUAAAGCCGACUUGGCAAAGGGCUUCUCCUGGCAGGCUACUCAAACAGAGAGUUACUGAGAGGGCAGAGCCCCAACAGGAGUUCAGGGCAGAGCAUGGAGAAAUUACGGGCUCCUGGGGUGCCUGGGGGCCUUGGUCAGCCUGUUCCCGGACUUGUGGAAAAGGGGUACAAGAGCAAAGCAGACCCUGUUUGCCUGCUUACACUCCAUCCCAAUACCCCUCCAGAAGAGCUGGUGUUCAUCCCCAGCAACCAGGCCACGUCAUUUCAGCCCUGCGACCAACAGUUCCACUGCACCGCAAUGCAGGAAGGUUGUCCAACAGCAGCAGUCGUGGAUAUCUGAGGGAAGAGAAGGAGGCCCGGCCUGGUGCACGGAGGAGGGGCAGUCACAUCAUCCCUGGGAGGUAUGGCUACGGUAGAGCUCCGUAUGUUACCCCAUUGCAGACGGACACAGGCCAGGCCUCUAGGACAGCCCGACCACACAGACAGAGACGCUCUCCUGCAGCUGAUGCCCGCCACUAUACAACAAGAGGCCAUGGUGGCCACAGGUCAAACAACUUGGACCCCUCUAGCAACCUCCAUCCCUACAGCAGACCCUACGUGCAGCCCAGGCUACAGCAGCCCAGAAAUAACCAGGUCUGGGCCCCCCUCUAUCAGCCUGGCUCAACCACCAAUCAGGCUCAGGUCCAGCAGGAGCCACAGUCAAGCAGCCAGACGUCUGGACCCCAGCACCACCAAGAACGACCCUACAACCCCCUGCCUAGUUCCUUCUGCACAGGAGAGCAUGCUCACUACAGGAUCUGCAACAGUAAUGCCUGUCCUCAAUCCAGCAGACACAUCAGGGCUGUUCAGUGUUCUUCAUACAACAACCAACCUUUCAUGGGCAGAUUGUACGAGUGGGAACCUUUCAAUGAAGUUCCUGGAGAUCAGCAUUGUGAACUCAACUGCCGGGCCAUAGGCUUCAGGUUUUAUGUGCGACAGUCAGAGAGGGUGAUUGAUGGGACACCAUGUGGACAGAACGAUUCAUCUCUCUGCGUGGCUGGAAAAUGUGCGAUUCAUGGUGUUUGUGAAGAUGCAUGA